AUGCUACCGAAAGCGUCUCACUGGGGGGCGUCCCGCAGUAUCGCCGCCAUGGCGUUCAAUUUUUUGUCGUCCGUGGGCAUCGUCGCAGCGAACAAGCAAGUAUUUCGUGCGGCGUUUCACUUUGCAACAAGCCUGACGUUCUGGCACUAUUUCGUGACAGCACUGGGCCUGGCGCUUCUCUUGCAAGUGCGCGUCUUUCAAGCGAAACACUUGGACUGGCGCAAGUGCGCAAGACUCGCACUGGGAAAUAUAUCGUUCGUCGUGUUUAGUAACCUGUCGCUACAGCAUAACUCCGUGGCUUUUUAUCAGCUAAUGAAACAUCUGUCCACUCCGGUCGUUUUGUUUAUAGAAUUUUAUUUCUAUAAUCAAUCCUUCGAUACGUCGCUGGUUCGUUCAUUAUUGAUCAUGGUGGCGGGCAUGGUGGUGGCGUUCGCAACCGACUUCAACCUCAAUGCUCUGGGAACAUGCUUCGCGCUCAUCAGCGUCGUCGCCUGUGCGUGCUACGCGGUCUGGACCGGGCGCUUGCAGAAGGAACUUGAUGCAAAUCCGCUGCAAUUACAGCUUUACGUCGCCCCAAUGGUAGCCGCCAUGUUGAUACCGUUUGUUCUUGUCGCGGACUUGUUCAGCAAAGAGCCCGGCAGGCGAGUCAUCGACUAUGCCUACACCGCGGAGAAUGUGCGCCUCCUUUCGUAUUCCGGGAUCGCGGCACUGUGCGUGAAUGUUUCGGUUUUCAUGGUCAUUGGUUAUACCUCAUCGGUGACGUAUUGUGUGCUCGGCAUCGCCAAGACGAGCGCAAUUAUCCUGACCGAUUUUCUGUUCUUUGGGCGGCCUUUGGAGAUGAUGAAUUUGCUCGGCAUUCUUAUUGCACUGGCUGGCGUGACCUAUUAUUCAAUUUUGAAACUGCAAAUUGCUUCGAGAAAAGCUUCAACGAUCAACGCGAAUGCCAUGGAAAAGCAUGAUCACAUCAGUUUUGAGAGCAGCCCCGAGAAAAAACAGGAAAGAGCCCCAGUACAGGUUCGGUAG